AUGGAGCAUCCAAAAUUCGGUGCUGAUGGAGACGGUCUCCUCGUUAUUCAUGUGGCUCUUUACCGCAUGGCCACGAGAUCCUUUGCCGAAGCCUACAGGAUACUCGGCUACAAGACACACCACGGCACUGAAGACCUCCUAGGCAAUCCGUGGCUCAUUGCGGCGUAUCCCAAGGCGAAAAUCGUCGUGGUGCAGAGAGACUUUGAGAGUUGGUGGGCCAGCUAUCAGGCCGGCGUGCUGGAUCACAUAUUUCCGCGUCGACAGUGGCUCACGGUGUGGCUCAUUCGCAACGUGCUGCGGUCGCGCGCGGCCGAUGCCAUGAUCAAGGUCAACUACGGCCUCUUUAAUGCGACAAACAUGGCCGGCAUCAAGGACAAUGCGCGCAAGACCUAUGACGAGUAUUAUCGCAACAUUCGAGAGAGGAUACCGGCGGAGCGGCGGCUAGAAUACACAAUGGGCGAUGGAUGGGAGCCGCUGUGUGCGUUUUUGGGCGAGAAAGUGCCAGAUGUACCCUUUCCACGUCUGAAUGACAGCGCGUACCGUAAGCGGAGUCAACAGGCUGGCGAGAUGGUGGUUUUUCUGACAUCGGCGAAGAGGUUGGCAUGGCUCGCUCUGGCGAUAGGUGCGGUUAGUAUGGCGUUUUGGCAUAUGAGCAUCUGA